AUGGCACGGGUGGACAGGGCCAAAACCUGCGGGUUUUGGUUGGAGGAGGAGAGGAUGAGACCUGCUGAGGAAGGAGGGUGUCCCGCCGGCGCUGCCCUGGCCCUGCUCGGCGUCCUGGUCUACCUGGGCGCCCUGUGCGCUGCCUGCAGACGGUACGCGCUGCCCGCAGCCCCUCUGCUUUCCCUCCUGGUGCUGGGGAUGGGGUUGGGGGACCCUUGGUGGCACGUGGUGGCUGCAGCCCAGCUGCAGGCCAGCCUGGAUUUCCCCUGCACCGCGUUCCCCAGCGCCGGUGCCGAUUCCCGGCAGAGCUCUGGCGUCAGCAUCCUCCUGCACCGCGAGCUGCCCCAGAGGGAGGAUGCCCCCCCGCCCCCCGCACCCGCCAGCAGCCAGGUUUCCCCCCCACGUGCUGGGCACGGGGAAGCCGAUUACGCCUGUGUCCGCAAGGUGAAGAAGACGGUGCCUGUGGAGGUGCAGGAUGGGACUGCGGCGGGGCCUCCCGCAGCGCCGCGGUGCCGGGAUGGCACAGAUGAUGCUCCCCGGGUGAAGCUGGAAGAGAUGUACUCGACGGUGUGCAAGGCCUCCAAGAAGAAAGCCCAGGAC